GAAGGCUUCACCAUUGCCGUUUAGUUAUCACGCAGGCGUUGUACAUAACGCACGUAGUGUUGUUCCGUACGAACGUUACGAUAAAUGUUAUCGAUAGAUUAUCUGACGUAUCUGACAUUUCCAUAAAGAUAUCACCGUGCUUUGUUCACGAAUAUUUAAUUUGUGUUAUCGAGUUAAAUUUUAAUUAGUGCAAGUGGUCGCCGUGUUAACGAUGAGAUUAUUAAUAUUGGUGGUGGCGAUCACCGCCGUAGUUGCCGACGAUCUACCGCCGAGUUGCAGCAAACCUGUCUACUGUAAUAGCGAACUAUUGCAUCAUGUUCAAAUGGCUAGAUUAUACGACGACUCGAAGACAUUCGUUGAUCUACAAAUGCGUCAAAACGAGAACAUCACGCUUGCAGCUUUCCAAGAGUUGCUGAAUCGAACGAAUAAUAAUCCUUCAAGGGACCAGAUCCGACAAUUUGUAAAUGAAUACUUUGACGAAACCAGCGAACUUGAAAACUGGACACCGCCAGAUAUUACUGAAAAUCCUAAAUUUCUGACUAAAGUGCGCGAUGAAAAGCUUCGACAAUUUGGCAAAGACAUAGUAGGUAUUUGGCCUACUUUAGCAAGAAAAGUAAGGUCUAUAGUUUUGGAAAAACCCGAUCAGUUUAGUUUUGUGCCGGUAACUCAUGGAUUUAUCAUUCCUGGCGGCCGAUUUCGGGAGAUCUAUUACUGGGAUACUUACUGGAUCGUUGAGGGUUUACUAAUAAGCGACAUGAAAGAAACAGCUCGCGGUAUGAUUGAAAAUUUGAUUGAAUUGUUGCGGAAAAUUGGACAUAUACCUAAUGGAAGCAGAUGGUAUUAUCAGGAGCGCAGUCAACCCCCUCUUCUAUCCGCAAUGAUGGCAUUGUAUUUUAAAUACACAAAAGACAUUCAGUUCUUAAGAGAUAACAUACAAUAUUUGGAAAAAGAAAUGAAUUAUUGGUUGGACACGCAUAUAAUCUCAAUUUCUAAAGAUGGUGAGACUUUUACUUUGCUAAGAUAUUACUCGCCGAGCGCAGGACCUCGUCCUGAAUCUUAUCGCGAAGAUUAUGAAAAUGCUCACACACUAGAUAGCAACAACACUAACCAUAAUGAAUUUUAUGCUGAUAUUAAGAGUGCCGCUGAGAGUGGAUGGGAUUUUUCAACUCGUUGGUUCCUUACACCUGAGGGCGACAAUAAAGGUAAUUUGUCGCAAAUUAGUACAAGAAAUAUCAUUCCGGUUGAUUUAAACGCUAUUUUUGCUAAUGCUGUACAGAACACUGCAAAUUUCUUGGGUAUCUUAAAGAAGCCGCGUCGGGCUGCACAUUGGGCAAGUAUUGCUCGGCAGUGGAGAAGUAAUAUUGAAAAAGUGCUAUGGAAUGAUGAAGAUGGAAUUUGGUACGAUUACGAUAUAGUCAAUGGCAAGCAUAGGCAAUAUUUUUACCCCAGCAACGUCGCUCCUUUUUGGAUGAAGGCAGUUGAUCGUGAACUAAGUAAAAAACAUGCACCACGAGUAAUUGAUUAUUUACAAGAGUCUAAAGGUCUUAGUUUCCCUGGUGGAGUUCCUUCUUCGCUAGUUCGCAGUGGAGAACAAUGGGAUUUCCCUAAUGUUUGGCCGCCAGCAGUUGGCAUCGUUAUCGGAGCUCUGGAAGGUAUGGGUACCAUAGAAGGCAAUAGAUUAGCUAAAGAAGUUUGUCAAGUAUGGGUCUGGGCAACACACAAGGGAUUCUCUAAGAAUAAACAGAUGUUUGAAAAGUAUGACGCAGAGGUCCCUGGUCGGUUUGGUGGUGGGGGUGAAUAUGUUGUUCAGGAAGGAUUUGGGUGGGCAAACGGUCUUGUACUAGAGUGUCUUGCUAAAUACGGUCCCGCGUUGAAGUCUUAUGACGAGUUGGAGAAUAAUUCAAGUUCAGAGGCAUCAUCUGAUUCAGAUAUGGAAAACACGUCAGUCGAAUAAUAUUUAUGAAUAAAAUAAUUAUUUCCUAUUACUAUGAUAGUUACUUUUAUCACAAUAAGUAAUUUAAAGUUACCAGAAAGGUAUUUAUAGUGUUAAGUAGGCAGGUAUUUAUAUUUAGUUAAUACAGUAAAAGAUAGCGUAUUUCGCACGCACACAUACCUACAUAAUAAAAUAUUAUUUAUAACUCGUUGGUUGUGAACAAAGAUUACUUAUAUACAUAGUUUUCAUAAUUAUGUAGUGCCAUAAAAGUUACAAAUAUUUCUUAUGUAAGAUAAUAAAUAUCUAGCCCAAAGUAAUUAAAAUAGCAAAUAAAGUGAGAAACUUAAUUUUUUAAACGACUAUGGCUGUGUUAUAUCAAGCCUAACAACGAGUUUUAAGGGUAAAAUUGUUUUUAUUAAUGGUA